UGCCCGCUUCGCAUGCUCGCUAUCACGAAGAAAUGGGUGACCCGCUGGGGGCAGCACGAACAGCGCUCUCGGGGGUGAGUGCGCGAAGCAGGACGGGUUUUCUCUGCAUUUUACGUGGUGAAUUUCAAGCGUAAGCCGUGCGCGGCCGUGUCGGCUCGGCGGAUUUCCAGGGAUACAGGCGUUCUGGUCAAAAGGUCCCUUCAGCACGAGCAACGCGCGUCUCCGCAGUCCCGUCGAUAGCAGUAUAUGCACAGCUGGCGCUGCGGUGCCUGUGGCCACGGUUUCCUGAGCAGCUUGUCAGCGAGAUUCUCAGGUUCUGUCUGCGUUUUCUCGGUUCUUCUCCCCCGCUGGGCGCGUCUGUACGUGCACAGAAGACGCGCAGCUGCGAACUCUUGUCGCGAACUCUUGUGCGCGAGCACCCCUCUUCGUCCACGGUGUGCCUCUUUUUUUUGACCCCUGGCAGCGGCGUGGCACUUGUGGAUCUUCCGCUGUACAUCCUGUCGAACCAGCACGCAACUCUUGGCCUUUCCGUUUCGGACGGCUCGGGACUCGGACUCCCCAUUCGCUUGCUGGAACUCUCGCGCGUUCCCCAGCCAGGCUCACGCGCCCGAACCCUGUGCGCGACCCAGCCACAGUCUUUGCGUCGGUCGCCACUGUCCGCAACUCCGUCGCGUUUCUCUUCUUCCCCUAUCCCUUCUGCGGCGAACAUCCGCUUCUGCUCUGUCGCUUUUUUCAGGUGGCGAGCGUCACACCCUUCUGCGGUUCAAGCUUUUCGACGGCUCUUCCCCCCAUCGCUCUAGACCUCUCUUCCCCCCGUUGCCGCUGACACCAAGAUGGCCACCGCGGCAACUUGCCCUCUCGGGUCGACUUGCCCGAUUCCUUCUUCCUCCUUCUCUUCAUCCUCUUCUUCCUCCCCUGUGUCUUCUUCGGAAGCUUCUUCUUCUUGUCCAGCUCGCUCUCUGCCGGUUUCUGCUCCAAGUUCCUGUGCGGCGAGCUGCGCGCCUGGCGCUGCGUCGACGUGUACAGGAUCGCCUUCGGGGCGUAAGUGCGUCGUUGCCUCUGCUUUGUCGACGGUUCUGGCGACACCUGCAUUGCUGUUUCCUUCGCUGAAGCCCCCACAACUGUCUGCCGACCACAAGUCUCCGUCCUUCGCGUCUGCGCGGCAAAGGCUCUUUCGCUUCGCACCCUCCCCCUCACCCGCGCCGCCGCACCCGUCGCUCGUUUCCCCGACGCAUGCAUUCCGGGGUACAGACUCGCAGCGCCCGGUCUCGGCGGCUGCCGCCUCAACUGCUGUCUUGCCUGCGCGCGCUCUGGGAUCAGCCGCCGGAAACGAUGCCUGCCCUUUCAGAGGCCAGCGCGAUAUGCAGAGAGAAGACAGCGGCUUUGCCGCGAGGCUCGUGCAGAGACGCUCCGGCUCCUCGCCGAGCGAAGAUCUUCCGGACGCGACUACGCACGAAGUCCACGAGGAAAUCAAUCCGCGAAACAUGAUGCCCGAAAUCUCCAACGCCCCGCAACAAGACCCGGACGACCUCGCCCUCUCGACGCACAGACGCGUCUCCACCAUUCCUAAAACGGGAGAAGACGCCACCUGGAUUUAUCCCUCGCCUCUUCAGUUUCAUCGCGCCAUGAAGAAGAAGAACAAAGAGCCUCCUCCCGCAGAUGCGAUGGAAACUACUGUCUAUGUCCAUGAUGUGGUCAAUGAGAGAACUUGGAAAAACAUUCUCCACUGGGAGAAUGCACUGCACAAAGAAUGUGAAAAGCCGACCCUGAGUCGCUUUGUAGGCCGCUCCUCCGAUUAUACGCCGACGGCGCGCCUACGCCAGUACUUUUCCUAUAUGGGUCUUCCGUUCGACCGACACGACUGGUAUGUCGACCGAUGUGGAGAGACAGUGCGCUACAUCGUGGACUACUACGAUGACCCGCAAGCGACCGACAACAUUCAGGUUUUUAUCCACACGCGCCCUGCCUGGUUCGACUCCUGGCAGAACUUCUCGGACAAUGUCCGCCACUUCGUCUCUUCGUUUUUCGCUUAGAACGAUUUCUUUAUUUUCUGCUUAAACGGCUUCUUCGCACAUUCGUCGCUUAUCGUGUUUGCUAUAUAGCCGACUGUUCUGGAGAGCCCCUCUGCUCUCUUCCGGCUUCGGAGACUCGCGAGAAGCAAGCGGAUAACCGAGACAUAGGCAUCUCAGAAAGCGAGAGAAGAAACCUGGCAGCCGUCAGAGAAGAGAGGGAAGAACGGGGACGAAAGGCACUGUUGUUGUGGACACCCGAGCUGGGCGUUUGCAUGCGUAGCGCGCGAGAAGCGACAGCGACACGGAGAAGACUACUCGGAUUGAAUGAGAAUUCGAGAUGGGGUAUUGCACGCAGCGUAGAGAACGGGGGUUACAGAAACACUGUCGUGAGAGAGAACAGCGGAAAGCGAGAAGAUAAGCUGGAGAAGUCGGGAAAGAAAAGUUGUGAGGAAGCCAGAACUGGACGUGGAACUGGACCUCGUUUGAAUUGGCUUGAGAAACAGGAAAAAGGCCUGGAGUGUUUUUGGAAGCGACCAUAAGUUCUUUUUGUCAUGUGAUUUUUUGGUGUGGCGUGCUCUGUGUUUUGCCGCUCAAAACGCUCCGACGCUUGUCAGGUGUAUGAAAUUCUCUGCCUCGCCUGGAAAGAGUGAAACAGAAUCAUGGCGAUUUCUCUCCACAUACAACGCUGAGGCAACACCUCUAAACGCAUGUCAACAACGCCUCGGGUAAGAUGAAAUUCUCCAACCACAGACCUGGACUCUUCUUUCAAGUGAACAGUCUACAUUGCGAUUUCGCAGUACACUCAUCCAGCCACUAUCCUAGAUCAGCUAUUUCUUCCUCCACGCACACACUCGCAGUCUCGAGCUCCCGCCUCGAUGAGCUCAAUUAUCUUCGCCUGAAC